AUGUUUUCACGAGAACCCAGAAGCCGAGAAGAAGAAUGUGCCCUAGUCGAAGCAAUCCAACGCAACGACAUUGCAAAUGUCACCCAUCUUCUAGAUACUGGGGUCUCCCCUGAUGGAUCCGGUUUAGACUGUUUUCCACUGCACGAAGCCAUCCUGUACGGCAGACGCGAAAUCAUCAAACUGCUUAUCGAGCAUGAUGCCCAUGACCGGACUAAUGAGAUGGGGAAGGAUGCCCUCCAUUUCGCAGCGCUGAAGGGCGAUCCGCAGAUCCUUGAAAUGAUUAUCCAAUACUACAAGCAGAGAGGGUAUGGCCUUUCUAGCAGGGAUAUCGGGCAGGAAGCACCGAUUCAUUUGGCGGCAAUGAGUCACAACCUGGAGUGUGUUCAGAUCCUGGUUCGCGAGGGGGCGAAUAUCCUUGAUGUGACCACUCAUGCGGAGACACUGUUGCAUUUUGCAGCAGGGAAAAGGAGUGUAUGGGUCGAGCAGGAACAGAGGCAAAAAGAUGCAACAGCCUUGUUGAAAUACUUGAUUGCCGCAGGGGCAGACGUCAAUGCUCUUACUUCAACCCGAGAGAACCCACUAUGGUACGCUGUGCAAGCAAAUAAUCUCCCUGCGGUCAGGGAGCUACUUGCCGCGUCGGCAGAUGUCCAGCUCCGCAAUAUCUAUGGGGAGACUGUGCUGCAUGAAGCGGCAUAUCAUAGUUCGCUAGCUGUGGUACAGAUACUGGUAGAAGCUGGCGUGGAUAUCCAUGCCCGGAGCAAGACAAAUGGAUCUAUUCUGCACCGCGCGGCAGAAGCUGGUCGUUUAGAUACUGUGCAGUGGAUACUAGAUCAUAGCCGCUUGACUGUGAACGAGACUGGUAGCCAUGGCUGGAGCCCAUUGCACUCUGCUGUUUUUGCCUGUCAGAUAACUAUGACCAAAUUCCUGCUUGAACAAGGCGCUGACCCAACCAUCGGAUCAAAUCCUGGAAACCACACGGCUCUACAUUAUGCCACACUUUCAGAUCCAGAGCAAGUGGGUUGCACACUGGUUCGCUACCUGAUCCAUUACGGUGCCGAUGUCAACGCGGCUGCUGAUUCGCGCUGCUUCUCAUCCGGUGGGCAGACAGGCGAGUGGCUGCACGAGUGGUUCUUUGAUCCGGGACCAGACGAGCUGGAACUUGUCUACCCGAUUCACUGUGCUGCUUGCUCAAGUGUUCCUAGUAGGGUGGAGGCUCUGCUAGAAGCGGGGGCUGAUAUCCAAGCAAGAACAAGCGUAUAUGGCAGUACUCCUCUGCACCUGGCAGCAGGGAAUGGACUUGAGAUGGUGCGAUUUCUGCUUUCCAAAGGCGCAGACCCUGAUGCAACGGACACUGCUGGCUGCAAGAUGGCGCAUCAUUUGGUGUUUGCAUUUCGGCAGACACCAAGCAUCGCAUGGGAGUUUCUGGUGGAGAAUCAGUUAUGGGAUGCGUCGACGGUGGAGGACGAUUUGGAAAAGGCCAAAGUAUAUGAACAAAUGGCCAAGUGUUUUAAGACGAGGAAUAUAUUUAACAGGUAUUGGUAA